ACAUUUUUGCUGUUUAUAUUAACUACGAGACUUGUUCGGACAAAAAAUUGAUUUUAUAUUACAUCUAACAAUUAAUAAUUUAGAAAUUACAAAUCAUCAAACUCAAUCUAACUUUUAGAGCGAAUACAGUAAUAUUUUUUUCUUAUUUGAUCGUUGCUAUGAGUGAUCGGGUAGCAGUUUGGGAGAUUGCUUUGGCAGAUGGACGUCAUAUUUUGGAAUUUGAGCAUGGCACCACAACUGGUAAGAGAGUGGUUAUUGUGGACGGAAAGGAGAUUAUGAGGAAAGAUUGGAUGUUUAAAUUAGUCGGUUCGGAAACCUUUAAUAUUGGAAAAGUAAAAUGUACAAUUAGUAUAGAGGCAAUGUCAGGCUUUGCCUAUGAGUAUCUCCUGACUAUAAAUGGAAAGACACUAAAAAAGUUUGCAGAGAAUCAACGAAAAAUCAGCAAAUCAUGGGUUAUUGCCGAUCUUGAUGGACAACCAAUAAGAGUCGCCCUUGAAAAAGACACAAUGGACGUUUACGUCAAUGGCAAAAGAAUGGAAACAACUGGGGAAUUUGUAGACGAUGGGACUGAAACUAGUUUUGCUAUUGCUCAUGGUCAUUCAGCAUUUAUUAAAGCGACAACUACUGGCAAGAAAAGAGACGGAAUCGUUCAUGAUUUAUAUGUUGAUGAUAUUCGCAUAGAACCCGAACCUGAUCCUUGGGCAGAUUAUAGAUAA